CGACAUUCUGCAGUUGCUUCUGAAUUCUUCACCGUUAAACAUUUUCAAGAUGAGAACGCCAAGAAUAUCAAUUUUUAUUCUGCUCUUUUUGUAUUCUUUAAAAAUUGCAUUUGGCAAAAAUUUAAUUUGCUACUGGGAUGUGACGAGCUCCCAACGAUAUGGAGAUUCCAAAUUCACCAGCAACCAUCUUAUCCGGGGCUCGGCAAAUUGUAGCCACUUGGUGUACGCUUCGGCCCAUCUCGACGCGAAAACUUUUGGAAUACAUUUUCCACAUCACAUACACCUUAUUACCAAACCAAAGACACUGAAACAAUCACAUCCCCAGCUGAAGGUGUACCUGAGCCUGGGCGGUGAUGGUGAUGCCAACGAUAAAUACGAUCAAUUGAAAUAUUUGCAUUUAAUGGAGAAAAGUGAACAUGUCCAGCGGAAGUUUAUUAAUCGAACAAUUGAAUUUUUGAAAUUGUAUCAAUUCGAUGGCUUGGAUUUGGCCUUUCCCUUGCCGCGCAAUCAGCCAAGUCAGCAAUCAAAUAUAGGCGCGUUUCUCAAUGAUGUCAAUAGAAUGUGGGGAAGUCCGACAACAACGUCAUAUCGUCCACUGUUUAGUAAAUUUCUUGCAACAGUAAAGGAAGCUUGUGGUCGAAAUAAUUUGCAAUUGACCCUGACAGUGGUGCCCAAUGUUAAUUCCAGCCAUUUUUACGAUGUAUCUGAAAUCCAUAAAAAUGUGGAAUUUAUAAAUCUCUUUGCCUUCGAUUUCAAUACACCCGAAAGAAAUCCCAACGAAGCAGAUUAUUCGGCACCGUUGUAUUUCAAUGCCCAGCCAAGACCUCAACCCUAUGCCAAUGUGGAUUUUCAGGUCAACUAUUGGCUACAAAAUGGUUGUCCCGGGAACAAACUUAAUUUGGGUAUUGCCUCAUAUGGUCGAGCCUGGAAAUUAACCAUCGAUUCCGGAUUAUCGGGUACGCCAAUUGUCGAGGACACCCAGGGUCCGGCUAAUUUUGGCAAAAUGAAAGCCCACAACAGUUUACUCAGCUGGGCUACAAUUUGUAAACAUUUCCCACCUCGACGACUUUAUGGGCGCCCACUAAUGGAAUACACCGAUCGAUAUGGCAACUAUGCUUUUCGUGUUGCCAAUCAAAAUAAUACCGGCGGCAUUUGGAUCAGUUAUGAUGGUCCCAAAUUUGCUGCCACAAAAGCAAAAUAUGCCAUGGACAAGGCUCUGGGUGGGGUGGUGUUGUAUGAUCUGAGUCGUGAUGAUUUCCGGGGUCAAUGUGGUAAUAUUGAUUUUCCAAUUUUACAGUCCAUUCGAGGAGUAUUGAGUAUUAAAGCAAACCCCCAAAAGCGUGUCAUUUCUGCUACACCGAGGAGGAUAAAAAUGCUUGUCAAGCCGUCGAGGAAAUCGUGGGCGCCCACACAGGUGACUGAUGCUUUGCAUUUGUUGAGUGUAUUAACACGUUGAACAUGUUAUAUUAUUCCUGUAAUUAUGAUUUGUAAUGUCAGAAAAAUGUGAGAAUAAUACGGAGCAUAUUUUAUAUACCAUUAGCCCCUGAUCUCCACGGGGCUUCCUGGUUUUAUGAA